AACCGGUCGCUUUUCUCUUUCUCUCUCUUAACCUCACGUCUCUUUGAAAUUGUUUCCAAGUUCCUUUAUUUGCGCCAAACAUUUUUUAAAACAAAGUUGCCCAGUUUGGUUGAUCUGCUUUUGAUCGUUUCUUUAGACAUUUCCGUCUGUUGGUUAUCGAGUGGACAAAACAGGAUCCCGCCAAUUGUUUGAUUUGAACGGGACUUUUGCUACAGUCUCGAGUGCGUGACGGAUCAUCAUGUGAAAGGACUUUUGGUGGCCUCCCAUCGAUUGACAACAGACACGGAGCACAGCCAAUGAUGUAAUCGGCAAUUACACACGCCGAGCCGUGUUUCAUUUCAGCAAGAGGCCAGCAAUUGGCCAUUAGAUUGCGGGACGGUAUAAUCUCGAACGGAAAAGUCGUCCCGACGGUGUGGUGGAGAAAAGUUGCUCAUUUGCUUUGAAUCUUUGCCUAAAAGAGUUCCCGUUGGCUCCCGCUGGGGGAUCAUCAAAGCGAAAAUGAAGAAAAUGAGGGAAGCGACAACAACGACAACGACUAGAAUAGCGCCGCUCUGCGUUUAUUAUUUCCUCAUUUUCCAGACGAGUCUCCUCCUCCUCUUCUCAGGAACAGUUGCAGCAUCUGCGGCGGAGGCCACCAGAGCUAUCGAGAAAAUGGAAUCCGGCGAAUCCUCUUCUUUUCCGUCUCAUCCGCUGCUGGAUGCCCCGGACGUCCAGGCCGACGAGCCCUGGAGCAACAACAACAACAACCCGAACCAACAACAGCCCGUCGUCAACGGAGACGGGGUGGCCACUCCGUCACUGAUGGACCUGUCGACCGGAUUGAUGGGACUCGACUCGACGGGACUACUGGCCGGCAACGGCGACGAGCAGCUGCAGCCGGGCGGCGGCAGCAGUUCGGGCGGUGGCAGCGAAUCCGGUCCGCUUUUCGACCCGACCACCGAGCGAAAUGUCACCGUCCUGGUCGGACGGACGGCCAAUUUGCAUUGCCGCGUCCGUUACCUUGGCAACCGAACGGUGAGCUGGAUCCGGCACCGUGACGUGCACAUCCUGACUGUGGGUCGAUACACGUACGCAUCCGACCAGCGGUUCACUAUCGUCAAGUCGCGACCCACCGAGGACUGGACGCUGCAGAUCAAAUUCACGCAGGCCAGGGACGCCGGAUUGUACGAGUGCCAGGUCUCCACUCAACCCCACCGCAGCCAAUUCAUCCGCCUCAAUGUCGUCGAUGACAGUCCCGUCGGUGAUCAGGGUCACGCGGCCAGCACCGGAUCAAAGUCAUCCAAACUAGGCAAAAAGAAUCUCGCCCAGUACCCUCCCAAGGCGGUGAUUCUGGGCGGCCCCGAGUUCCACGUCGACGUGGGCAGUCACGUCAAUCUGACUUGUAUCGUCCAGUUCAGUCCCGAACCUCCAGAGUACGUCUUUUGGCAUCAUCACGAUCAAGAGCUGAGACACGAUUCGUCGCGUGGAGGCGUCGCCAUCGUGACGGAUAAGACAAAUCCAGUCACUUCGACUUCCCUGCUGCUCCGCCAAGUGCGGCUCUCCGAUUCCGGCAAAUAUUCGUGCACGCCGUCCAACGCUGACCCGGCGUCCGUUACCCUUCACGUCCUACAAGGUGAGAGACCAGCUGCCAUGCAGAGCAACGGAGCAUCACCUUGUUCGAUCCACUGGAUUCUCCUCCUGUUCCUUCCACUGCUCUGCUGCCGGUUCGAUCAUCGUCUCGUCGCCUGGAUCACGUGAUCACCCAGCGCCACCCCGUGACCAGUUUCUUCAACUUUGUGCAGGAUCGAAAAACAAACAAACAAACUAAAAGUUGGGAAAGAUGAGAAGAGGCUUUAAUGAUUUUAUUAUUCGUCAAUGUGAAUGAGCGCAGCAGAAGCACCCAAUCAGUUUAUUUUUCCAUUUGUUAACUUAUAUUUCAGUUGUUUCCCUCGGUCAUUUUGGUAGGAAAUGUUUAGCGGAAAUGUGGAGAAGAGAAAACGAGUCGAGUUCAAUGGGAGCGAUCCUGUUGGGGGAGGAGAAAUGGUGGUGCAAACCCACCCAGAAGAAAUGGAACUUUUAUUUUUUUAUUUUAUUUUUGACCUGUACACAUGGAAAUGAUGUCCAAUUUACCAACUAUUCAUUCAUGUCUGAACCCGUUCAAAACCCACCCAACCCAACUAUAUCUAUAUUUAUAUACUAUUAUAUCCUAUAGUGCACGCGCGCGUCUAGGCCGUUUUCCGUGCGUGAAACCAUUGUGUACGCAUCGAUCCCCCCCUCCUCCUCCUCCCGAUGAUUAUCGUGACACACAUACUCAUGAUACAACCGCCUCGGAUGUGAGACACUCUCGCAUCCAGCAACAGUUGAUGAUUGUGCGCGUUGGUUUCAAUUUUGAUUCGUUUUUCUUCUUCUUUCUUCCUAUGAUUGUCGCCCGAUAAAAACCAACAAAACCACACGCGGUCAUCUUUGAUUCGUUUAGAAUUUUUUCCCUCCUUCAUUUUGAUUGUGUUAUUGACAAAAGUUGUCUAUAUCUACGAAUGGCGCCGUUUUUUCACGUUUCUACAACAAAAUUGUUCGUGACGGCGGCGGACGCCCGGCGAUUGGGUUGUCAGACUAGGUGGGCGUGGUUACACGGAAGGAGGUUUCAGUGCGGGAAAGAGCGUGAUCCUGUAGGACGUAGUGUUUUAGAGGCAGCGAGUAUGAAAAAACAAGAUGCAUCAUCGUUCUUUUUGAUCCAGCAAAAUCAAUCAACAGGCGGCCAUUUUUCUUUAGGGGAUAUUGUAAUUCCAUUUGAUCCACCGAUGGAAAAAAAAAUUUUAAAUAUAAAAUCAUUUUGCAAAUAUUUCUAGAAAAUAAUCGAAGAAAAAGAAAGAAGAAACAAAAAUUUGAUGACGUGUUUUUAUUCACUGCUUCACACCCUUUUCGAUAUUCAAAUAAGAAAUUUCAGAUAAUUAAUAUCAGAGCCCUCACCAAUCAUCAUUUCUCGUGUAAAUACGUUAUUAUUGUCACUCCUAUAAUACAGGUGUCCAACAGUUGAAAGCAGCCCACCAUUUGGAAAAAAAAAGGUUAAAAAUUAUAUUUACCCAGUCUGAUUUAUGUUCGAUUCCACUUAUAAUUAUUACCGCCCUCGUGUUGAUUUCUCUCUCCUCUGAUCCACCCGAGUCUCAGAUUUUGUCGAAAAACCUCCUCCAAAACGAUGAUGACAUAUUUAUGAAUGAUGUUGUGUUCUUCAAUACAUACCAUUUCGAAUCGAA